CCAUAGCUUUGUCCGCACUGGCUUUGGUUUACUCGGGAGGACGAGGUAUCCAACCGAGGCGGGAUGAGGAGAUUAGAGGGCAAGGUCGCGAUCGUCACGGCCUCCACCCAAGGGAUCGGCUUCGCCAUCGCCGAGCGCCUGGGCCUCGAGGGCGCCGCCGUCGUCGUCUCCUCCCGGAAGCAGAAUAACGUCGAUGAGGCGGUGGAGAAGCUUCGGUCGAAGGGAAUCGAGGUGAUAGGGGCAGUCUGUCAUGUGUCGAAUCCGCAGCACCGGAAGGAUCUCGUGGAGAAGACCGUUCAGAAAUAUGGUCGCAUAGAUAUAGUCGUGUCAAAUGCUGCUGCUAAUCCAUCAGUUGAUGGGAUACUGUAUACCAAAGAGUCAACUCUCGAUAAGCUUUGGGACAUCAAUGUGAAAUCUUCCAUCCUUAUCCUCCAGGCUGCCGCAUCUUACUUGCAGAAAGGAUCUUCUGUUAUCCUCAUAUCGUCAAUUGCAGGUUACCACCCGCAGGCUUCCAUGGCCAUGUAUGGUGUUACAAAGACUGCCCUUCUUGGACUCACUAAGGCCCUUGCUUCCGAAAUGAGCCCGGAUACCCGUGUCAACUGUAUAGCUCCUGGAUUCGUCCCUACGCAUUUUGCUAAUUUCAUUACAAAUAAUGACGCUAUGAUCGAGGUCACUGUUGGUAGGGCGACAUAUAUAAGAGAAAAACUAUCGAGGAUCAAACUUUGCUGAAGAGGCUCGGAACUACAGAAGACAUGGCUUCCGUUGCCGCCUUCCUUGCUUCGGAUGACUCAUCCUACAUCACCGGAGAAACACUUGUGGUCGCCGGAGGAAUGCCUUCCAGACUAUAAUCCCUCCCCCCAAUUCUAUGAAACCCUUGUGAUGGUGAUUCACUGGUAGAUAACUUUACAUUUACUGAAUCAACCAUUUCCAAAGUCUACGAAGUUACUGAGGCCUCAUUUCAUUGGAUUUGUAGAACUAAAAAAAUUUAGACUUAUUUAGGCUAUUGAAGCUGGAUGAAUUGUGUUUAUGGUUGUUUUCAGUAAAUGAUAAAAAUAUGAAAUAAAUGAUUAUGCAAGGGCUUUUUCUUUUCUAUGAUAA